UGAAACUAAUAAGUCACAAGUCGCUAAUAUGCAUAAUUUUCAAUUGACAUUCGUUUGCGUGGCACUAAUCACUAUUAACAGUUCCUUAGCUUACCAUUCAAGCCAUGGCCACCACAAGUUCACCACCACUAUUCGUCCAAAACCACAAAAUGAAUCUCUAUUUCCGAGCACCAGUUCAACCUCAACUACCAUAACGACAACAGAUUCAACCACAACCCAACCCGAAUCCACUUGGGAUACAUCUACUGAAGGAAGUACAGAGGAAAGCUCAGUCAGUGAAAGUUCAUCACCUGACUUUUCCACGACACCGAAGAUGCUUGCAUAUGACGAACUUAACCUAAAAAAUUCAGAUUCUAGCAAAACUGUCAUCUGGAUUUGCGUCACUUUAGCUAUUUUGGCUAUUUUAGCAGGGGUGAUAUACUAUAUUGUACGCCGCCAUGGUUCUUAUACUGUAAAAGAGCAAUGCAGCCCUGCUAAAACUACUAUAUAUUUUGGUAAUACCAGUUACCAGCUUGAAUCAGCUUAAAAACGAAUUACUAACGAUUUGUAUUUAAAUAAUAUUUUCUAAAAAAAAGAUGUAAUGUAUAACUCACUUUAAAAACAAAUUUCAAUCUAUUAUGGCUUUGUCAUGAGUCUUUAAAAACUAAAAAUAAACACGACUCAUCU